GCUCGCAACGGUGAUCGUAAUUUAGACAAUGAUCGACCGACUUGCGGAUGCUCCUAAUGUCGGGCAUUGUGUAAUAACUCAGCUUGGUGUUGACUCUUGUACAUUCAUCCAUCAUGUCACCUACGCCGUUGCCACCAAGCCUCGAGACAAGCAUCGGCAUCUCUGUCGACAACAAUCUGCGGAGUGCCUACAGUCUAGUCCUGGACGCUGAGUAUGCUGCUGCCUCCGCCCAGAAUGAGGAGGCAGUGAUGCAUGCGAGGAUCGUCGGCUUCCUCAUGAUUGCUUUCCACGAAUUCAGAGCGACGCUGGGAGACCAACCCAUCAGCCGUGUCUCAACGGAAGUCCGCUCAUCUUCACACGACCUUGGUACUGUGAUCUACGACCUCGGUCUCCGGUAUCGAGAAAAUCUAUUGCGCGCAUUUCGGCAAGCCAAGGGACCUCCGCUUCCCCCGUCCUCCGAAUGCCCCUCGCGGUCUCCGGUCAUGACUCUAGAAGACAUGCUGAGAGACGCUCUGGAUGGCUCUGGCAAGGAUUACAGGUCGGCCAAAAAACGCGCACUAGCUCGCGACGGCUUUCGCUGCAUGCUCACUGGCGAGUACGACAUCAGUUCUAUAGACCGCAGUCCCGCGAUUUGUUCAAUGCAAGCUCUGGACGCUUCAGGGGCAGGAAACACCAAUUGUUGCCAUGUCUUGUCCGAGUCUACGUUACAGGAUGCCGAUCCCGGGAACCCGGAUCAUGAUAGAAAGAGAAAUUAUGCGGCAUCUGUUCUCUCGGUCCUCCACUCGUUCGGACUGGGUACAUUCGUGGACGAGAUUGUGAAGAGGAGCGGUAUACACCAUCUAUCCGACAUCCUCACAAUGGUCAACUAUCUCCAUGUCCACUUCGAUAAUCUGAAACUUUGGCUUGAGGGCACAAACACACCGAAUGAGUACAAGAUAUGCGUAACCAAGGAGUAUUUGAUCGCGCGGAAAGGCCUGGAGCGAACCAUCAGCUUCCAAGCCCAGGUUCCGGGUCGAGAUGAUCUUCCUCUACCCGACCCUCGACUACUUGCUAUUCACGCGGCGUGCGCACGCACGCUUCACAUGUCGGGAGCCGCUGAAUACAUAGAUAAGUGUGACUGGGAUGCCGAGGAUAUACAGGUCCUUGCAGAGGACGGUUCCUCACAUGCGAUUCUUCUUGAGAAAAUAAAUAGAAUUGCUGUUUCGUCAUCCUAGGUGUACAUAUCAUAUCACGCAAUACAUGUUCCAAA